UGAAAUCGAUUCUUUUAUUCUCAUUAUUCUUUGUAUUAGCAAUUCCAUGCUUUAAUUGUUUACCAUUAGCAACGAAUGGGAGAUGGAUUAUAGACGAAACAACGACGAAAAGAGUGAAGCUAACAUGCGCAAAUUGGCCAUCACAUCUCGAAUCAAUGCUCGCGGAGGGUCUCGACAAGAAACCGUUGAAAUAUCUUAUUCAUAAACUUGCUAAAAACCAUUUUAAUUGUGUUCGUUUUACAUAUGCAGUUCAUAUGUACACUCGCUACGCGAAUCAAACGGUGUUAGAAACGUUUGAUUUUCUGAAUUUAACGGAUGCAAAAGCAGGAAUUGUUAAGCAUAAUCCUUCAUUUUUAAAUAUGACCCAUGUUCAGGCUUUUGAUGCAAUGGUUGAUCAGUUUGGACAACAGGGUGUAAUGGUCGUGCUUGAUAAUCAAGUCAGUAGACCAACUUGGUGCUGUGGCUAUGACGACGGUAAUGGGUUUUUUGGCGACAGGGAUUUUGAUCCUGAGGAAUGGUUACAAGCUAUAACUAAUGUGGCCGGACGUUUUCAGGGUAAAUCUCAGGUCAUAGGAAUAAGCACUCGAAACGAGCUACGCGGUCCGAAUUCAAACCGCGACGACUGGUAUAAAUACAUCCUUGAAGGAGGAGAGGCCAUUCACAGAGCCAAUCCAGACGUACUAAUCAUAAUUUCAGGUUUAGGUUACGCUAGUGACCUAACUUACUUGCAGAACAAGUCACUGGGCACUACCUUCGACAACAAGUUAGUGUACGAGGCUCAUUGGUACCCUUUCAGUUGGGGAGUAGGAAAAACAUGGGAUUCAGAGGACAUAAAUGGUGCAUGUCAUGACAAUACUGAAUAUUUCGUAAACCAUACCGGUUUUGUGAUUAAUGGCGAAAAUUCAUUUCCGAUGUUUUUGGGUGAAUUUGGGAUUGAUCAGAGAGGUUUAAGCAGAGGUGGUGAACAUUUUAUGGCUUGUUUUAAUGCGUAUGCUGCUGAUACUGAUAUUGAUUGGGGUUUUUGGGCGUGGCAAGGGAGUUAUUAUUAUAGAGAGAAUCAAACUGAUAUGGAGGAAACUUUUGGUGCUAUGACUUAUAAUUGGAAUCAAUUUAGAAAUCCUGAGUAUUUGAGAAGGAUGGAGAUUAUUACUCAGACUCUUCAAGAUCCGAGUUCAGAAUCUCCAACAUCCUAUUUACUCCUCCAUGCACUCAGCGGAACCUGCAUGCAUACCGACGGUAAAAAUGGAAUAUACGCAAGAAGCUGCAAAUCUCCCCGCUAUUGGAGUAAUCAAGCUGGCGAUUUGGUCCCAAUGCAAUGGCUUCACGACAUUAACGAAGACGGUGGUCCGAUCAGGCUAAGAGGAUCUAAACGAUGUCUUCAAGCUGUGGGAGAAGGACAAGAACCUAUUCUUAGUAAAAACUGCUCAAGCCAGCUAAGCACUUGGAAAUUUGUUUCGAAGUCUAAUCUUCAUUUGGCUGCCAUUGAUGAAUCUGGAGAAUAUCUUUGCUUGCAGAAAGAAUCUCAAUAUACCUCCAAGAUUCUUACUAAUAAGUGUGUUUUCAUGCACGAAAAUCUUCAGUGUGGGAAAGAUCCUCAGCCAGAUCCAGUCAGUCAAUGGUUUAAGUUUGUUAAGACAAAUGUGUAGUUAGUGUUCUUGCAGUUCAGUUAUGUUUCUUUGUUUCCUCAACUAAAAUUAGUUUGUGUUCUCAUUUUGUUGAAAGCGUUUACUUGAUUAAGAGCAUGACUUCAUUUGUGAAACAACUUUUAUUUCA